AAUUUAAGCGAGAUAUCAAUUUUUUUGAACGGAAUGCGAAAUAUCAAUUAACUUAUCACAUCUAGGUUUAUGAUUCUGAACUUUGCUCCCCUAAAUCUCUAGAAGCUUCACCUCCGCUCAACCAUCACUAAUCGAAUCAUCCUCCACACCACCAUCACUAAUCGAAUCAUCCUCCGAUCCAAAACCCUAAUCGCUCCAAAACCCUAUCCCAAAAGUGGCGACCGUUGGACUUCAGCAAUGAGCUAAUGAUUUCCUAGGGUUCGGUUUGUUGUGAACUAUGACCAACAUCUUGUUAUUCUUAAUCGAAGAUAUCAGCUCUGUAUUUGCUGAAAUACAGCUGAUAGACAUCAAAAUGAUGUUGGGGAGGAUUACACCAGUUUCCAUCAUUAUUAGGUACGACGUUAUUUGGAGGGUAGAGCUUGAUGGUAAAAUGAAUUCUAGAUGCUUAAUUGGUUUAGAAACUACUUUAUUUGGAGGGUAACUGUGUGUGGGCACACAUAUCUUAUAUCUCCAUAUUGAAUAGAAGAUUUCUUUAUAUAUUGGAUUACGUCUGCAGGUGUUGGAGCAUUGGCCGUUCUUUAUUAGAUUGAGUACUGACAACUGAUAAUACUAUUGCAUUGAGGUUUAAAGCAAAAUACAUAUAGUUUUUUUGGUUAUGAAAAUGGAUAUAUGAUUUAGUGAGGCAGCUACAGAGGAGGUAUUUGAGAAUCAUAUAAUUUUUUUUAAAGCUUAUGCGUCAUACUAGGACUGUAUAUAUCUGUUAUUAUUAAUAUUGAUAUUAGGACUGUUUAAUGGGUGGUGGGUAGUUCACGUUUUGGUGAAGCAAACAAGAAACCGGUAUGGUUUUAACCCUUUUUUGUAGAAAAAUUUGAAAGUUACUAUUGCUAUGGAGAUUUGAGGUUAAGGGUAUUUGAUGCAGGAGAAUCUAAAUGGAAAAGAUCGAGAUUAUCUUUUAAAUGAAGAAGAUCAAGUUUAUCUUUUAUUUAAUAUUUGAAUUAUCUUUACUAUGUUUAUCUUUUAAUUAUUUUUAUCUUUUAAUUAUCUAGUAUAAGUAGGGCAUCUAUAGUUUAUUGUUUAGUUAGUUUUUGAGUUGAUUAUUAUAAAAAGAACUGUGUUCUUGGAACCGUUGGUUCAAUUUAUCGUCUUUGAUUAAUCAAUUGUUCUUGAGCCAUUUGAGUACGCUUCCGAUUCGUAUCAUUUGGUAUCAGAGCUUUUGGUUUUCAAAUGGCUCUACAUGGAAAAGAAGAAACUUUCGUUCGUAGAUUCGCCGCCGGAGGCAACGACGGAGUUCCUUUUAAUCCGCGAGGAUAUGGUGAUCAUUCUCGUAGAUUCGCCGCCCGAGGCAACGAGAUUGUGGACCAUGAAAACUUUCGUGAAUCAUGUGAUGGUUAUCAUCCCCGUAGAUUCGCCGCCCGAGGCAACGAGGAUCCUGACCUUAUCUAUGAUUCUUCUCCCGUAUAUGAUGAAUACGAGGACGAUGAAUGGUAUUCUUGGGCAACUGUUGGUGUUUUAGGUGAAACUAUUGGAGUUCAACAGGAUGAGAAGAGUUUGACAGAUGACGAAUCUGAUUCGGGCACUGUCCUGUUGGAUGAAAGUGAAGCCGAAGAGGAGACACGACUAUUUUUUGACGAGUUUCGUAUAGCUGCAAAGGCAGAAAACAAUGGUGUUGUAGCUGGCGACGUGCUUCGUUUGGAAUAUCCAUGCAAUCUGCCGAAAAAUAAUAAAGGAAGACAAGUUCAACGGCGAGGUAUGAUUAUUUUACAAAAGAGAGACGUUUCUAUCGAUAAGGCACACGGGGGUGUGGUGAAGACUACGCUUACAACAAUUAAAGUUAAUGAUGGGCUCAUCAUUUCUACAGUUUACAUUAGCCCAUCUAAUUUGUCAAUUAAAGUUACUGGACCACAACUCCAUGCAUCUCGUAUGGGCUUACAAAAUAAAUUUGGGCAUGUGACUUUAAAUAACAAUUAUAUUAAUAUGGAUUACAUAUUAAUUAGUGAUGGGGGAUCAAAUGUUGGUCCGACGAAGCCUAUUGUUAAUACAAAGGGUGGGCUUAUGAAUGUGAACAAGAGAUGGUCCAGUGCUCCCUUCGACCCGGGUGGUAUACGUCCUAAGCUUGGCGAGACGACCCGUGAAGUUAAGCUAUUUAGGCGGGUCACCAUGAUAAUAAUAUAUGAGAGUCAGGUUGAUGUUUCUUUUGAUCCGGGUGGCUUUGGUUCGAAGACAAAACUCGAGGACGAGUUUUUUUCGAAGACGGGGAGUAUGAUGCAGGAGAAUCUAAAUGGAAAAGAUCGAGAUUAUCUUUUAAAUGAAGAAGAUCAAGUUUAUCUUUUAUUUAAUAUUUGAAUUAUCUUUACUAUGUUUAUCUUUUAAUUAUUUUUAUCUUUUAAUUAUCUAGUAUAAGUAGGGCAUCUAUAGUUUAUUGUUUAGUUAGUUUUUGAGUUGAUUAUUAUAAAAAGAACUGUGUUCUUGGAACCGUUGGUUCAAUUUAUCGUCUUUGAUUAAUCAAUUGUUCUUGAGCCAUUUGAGUACGCUUCCGAUUCGUAUCAGUAUUUAAUAUCCAUCACACUGCUUGGAGCUAGUAUUAACGUUAUUUUAUUCGAGUAGGAUUACAUUUAUAGCUUUCUAUUUACCUUACUGAUUGCAGUCUGUAGUAGUAGUUAUGUUAAGCCAACCACCAUAUGGUGGAUAUCUAGGUCAGCAAACAGCACAGGGAGGCAGGGGCGGAUCUAUGUGGAGGUGAGGGGUUGCCCGGGAUACCCCUCAACUUUCUUGAUGAAGUGCAAUUUUUUUUUUAAUCUCUGUUUUAUUUGUUAAGGAUACUCCUAAGCAAGGAUUAGGAUACCCCUGAAUGUAAGUAAAGAAGAGAUAAAAUAAAAAUUUCCGGUGGAAUUUCCGGUCCCAAAAGUUGCAGCGCCACUUAUAAAAAAUCGGAGAAGAUGAAGUUAUGUUAAUGAAAACAUUGGGAAAGAUGAAUAAAAAGGUUGGAAGUCAGAAAGUCACCGUUGAAUAAAUGUGAAUACUGUCUAGUCAAAUUUUGGUCAAAGUAAAACCUCCUUAAUAUUUAACAAUUCACUUUAUUAAAUUUAUUCUGUAUAUUUUUUUUGA